GAUGAGAGAUGAGAGAUUCUGCAUGGGAUCAAGAUUCAAGCUUAACUAGACUGAAAGCUGCAGAAUAAAUGCCAAGAUCUGGGAACAUUACAGUAGUGCAACUCGAGUCACUUGCCCGCAGCUAUUCCAGCCGGUACUUCAGAUAGGUGGAAAGCGGCUUGCACUACUCUUCCUUGCUCUUUCACAGCAAUCAACAUCAAACGGCACUGCAUCCGAGCGGCUCUCCAAUUGCUCCUGCUCAUCCACUUUGUGACCAAUCAUUCUGAGCUUAUGCAAGGCUACAUCUGGCAAAGAUGUGAAGUGCAUCUGACAAGCAAGCUUCUUCGUAAGUCUCGUCAUCCUACAUCUCAAGAAGGACUGUCAAUCUCUUCCUCCGUAGUUGCCGGGAACUUCCUAAACGCAGCUAGCUACUUUGCUCAGAUGGCAACGACGAUCGAUACAAGUGUGGCGCACUAUGAAACAAUUGUUUGUAUUCCCGGAGACGUCGUCGUCGUCGAGUCUGGAAUACUUGGUGAUGUCAAGCUUCAGUUGGCCGUUGGUGCCGUCAAGAGUCGAGAUUUGUACAGGGAUGGCUCAGGCCCAUUCGCUUGCUCUCCCGCCGCAAACGAGAAACUUCCUUCACCUCACUUCACUUCACCGACCUCGAAAGAAAAUUUUCAACAGAUUCGCAGAUUGGAAGUCCAAUCAUCCCCUAUCAAUUUAUCCAUCCUCUCACCUCCUCAUCAGACUGUCAAUCAUCUUCUCCUUCCAGCAUUUCCCCUCAAACCAAGAAAACAUAUUUCUUUUCAUUCAGGACCACGUCGUCGCAGUUUCAGCCUUCCUCCCUGCAGCCACGAUCUCGGUCGACGAUCAAGCCUUUUUAGAUCGCAGCCACCCCUGCCCCAUCAUCCCUGUACAUAUCUCCUAGCUCCAUCACAAACAGCAUGGCAAUCUGCAAAGUCCCAUGGCCGCCCCGAUUCCACGAUGCUGUCGUGUAAUCACCUCCAUUCCAUUGCUGCCACGAGAUUCUGCUGCCCCGGAAAUUAUUUGUCUCACACCAAGUCGGGAUACGGUGGUACAACACACCUCACAUCUUCAUCUGUACCUGUCUGUAUUUGCUUCACGUUGCACUUCAUUUGACUUUGACUCCAACCUUCCCCGCAUCCUGACAUAAACUCAAAGCACGACCUCCCUCACCUGACAACUCAAAUUUGCUUCCCUCCCAUAUGAAGAUCUACAAACCCUGAUGCUCGCGAAAAUCGGCACUCAGACCGCUCGUUCAACGGCACUUUGCGUGCUAGUUAGUGCCCGCCAACUCCCAAUAUCUGAGACGUCAUACAAAAUCUCCCUCUCGCUCUUUACAGGUUUCG